AUGUCGGCCAGGUUGCGUCGGCCUCAGCCGGACAGAAGCCGCAUCGUCAACUCGAUGGGCCUGCCUCCGCGUGAACCUGUUCCGGAACCUGCCAGCCCCAUUGCUCGGCCGGGUUUCCCGCGCUCGCGUAGAGACAGCGACGCUUCAGGUGCCAGGUAUAGCGAGCGAUCUUUAGGCAAUAGGCGCACUGGCACCGACACCGACGCUUAUGAUGACCAUCGACGCAGUAGGACAUCGCGUCAGUACGAUCCUGACUCACGGCAAGAUGGGCGUCGAAUCAUCGAAAGCCAUCGCAGAACAGAACCCCUCUCCCCUUCUCGUACACGUACCAACUCCACCCGCAGACCUGCACUUCCCAAAUUUGACAACGAUCGCGAUCGUCCGGAGCUAGUCGACCUCGAUGAAGAAGAUGACGAGUUCGGACAAGAACGACGCUCCGACCGCGGCGGUGCGGCACUUGCCAAUCGUCGUCGACGCCAGCUGAGCGAUCCCUAUCGCCAAUCCGAUCCUGACGAUGAUUUCUCCACCGCCGAAUAUGACCAACGCCCUCCGAGAAGGUCCGUCUCGAACGGACAUAUUAGGGACGACUAUCGCCGAAAACCCGGUGUCGGACGCUCCACCAGACCUAGCUCUUACGACACGCCCGAGGCCCGCCGAAAUGACUUCGAUCGAUCUUCCGAACGUAACCUGGGUCGCUCCGCUUCCAAGUCUUGGUCCUCCCCCGGACGUGGCGGCGGUAUGCUCAACCGUGUGCUCAGUCGAGCCUCGGGUGGCAGCCGCGACCGUUCAAGCGCUCCCCGCUUGCAGCCACCUUCAUCUCGUCUCAAUCGCUACAGCAACCGUCCUGCCUCUCAUCGACGCGAUGACGAUGAAAUGGAACUUGCUCGCAUCGAAGAGGACGAAAUGCUCCUUGCCAUUCGCAAACGCCGCAGUGCUGCCAACCUUGCCGCCAGAGGUUACGACGAGUCCGAUCCGCGCUGGUACAGAGAUGAUCGCGAUCUGCACAGGCCCCGAGGAGGCGCACAGCCUGUCAGCCUCGAAUCUACCGAAAACACGGUUCGAAGGAGCAUGGAUCGCGAGCGUCAGCGCACACUGGACGCCCUUGAACGAUCCGAUAGCCAUCUCCCAAUGGUUUCUCGCACCGAUGCUGUCGUUCGAUCGCGAUCUCAGUUCAGGCCACCGCCGCACUCUCAGUCGCAGUCGCGUCCCAAAGAGAACAAUCCAACUCGCUCCACCUCCACCCCUCAAAAGUCUUCUCGCGAGGCUGCUUUGGCCGCCAUCACCGGCGUUUCCACUGGCGCGCUUGCAGCCAACGCCAUCAAGAAGCGUCACCGCAAGCUCAGUGCGGCGGCUGAGGUCGAUGAGCAGAGUGAUAGCCAAACUUCGUCCGAGGAUGAAGCUUUGCUUCAUGAUGCGGUCGAGCCCGCCGAUGUGCACGACGAUGAGGCUGUCCCUAUUAUCGUCACCAAGUCUGCCAAGCCCCUUCAGGCCGGAAAAGCAACACCCGACCCUGUUUCUCCAAUCGCCGCCAAGAAGCUCCCUGAAUCUACGAGCGACGACGACGAUGAUUCAGACCAAAAUGAUUCCGACGACGAAAGCACCGAGCAGACCUCCGAGGGUUUCGAAACCACUGCCAAGCCUGCGCCUGCCAUCUCUCAGGCCGCCAUUGCUUCCACAGCAGCUCCUGCCUCGCGUUCCACUUCCAAGCUCCUGGCCUCCAGUGGCAAUGGACGCACUGCACCCAAAGGCUACCUGAACCUCACCCACAAGGCUCCCUCGGCCACAAUGACGGCUGCGCCUUUGACUACAAAGGCUACAGCCCGGUCGCGCCCUGAGCCGUCCGAGGAUAGCAGCGAAGAUGACGACGAGGAAGACGAGGAUCAAGACCACGUCGAUGCCACGCCAAAACGAUCCCGAGCGACUCCUGCUGUCGCUAUCGCUGCUUUGACUGGUGGAGCUGCUGCGGUCAGCGCUGACGCGCAGCAACGCAGAGCUGCCAAAUUGCAGGCUGAGCAGCAGCACAAGGCUGCCCAAGCCGAGGCUCGCGCCGCUAAGGCGGAUCGCGCAGCUGAGAAACGUAGAGCCAAACAAGAAGCUUCGGCCGCAGCCGCAGCCGCUGCUCUGGCGGCCAAGGAAGCCAAGCGAAACGAAAAGAUCAAGAAGCGGGAGGCCAAACAGGCAGAGGCAGAACGCAAGCGCGACCAAGAGUCUCAAGCACGCGACCGCGCCAUUCGCGAAAAAGAGGAGGCCGAGGAGCACCGUCUGCUCGCCGCGCGCGAACACGAGCACGAGCGUGAUCGGAAAUCUAAAGCACGACAAGCAAGCCGUCGUCAACCACACGGUGCUGGCGGUCCUAAGAAGCGCAGCGGAGGCGUCGAAUCGCUGACGCCUCAGCAGCGCCACUACCUGCUCAAAGCGCUCGUCAUGCUUCAGAUGCAAAGCGAGUGGUCCGAGCUUGAAAAGUUUGGUGCGCUCACCGAAUACGGCUAUCCUUUCUCGACCCAACGUUCCAAACUAACUCGCAUCAAGACUUUUGAGCGUGGCGAGGAAGCUGGCGAUUAUGCUGGUGCCGCUCGUGACCCUUAUGCCAAUGAGGAUGCGAUGCGUGACGCCGAAAACCUGCAAGAACCCCUCAUUGUUCGCCACCUCUUCCACGUGCAUUUACACACCUUCCCCGGUCUUGAUCAAGCCUCCGAAAAGUACUGGCAGAAACGCAUCCAGCCCUUCUUUGAUGAAAUGGCUGCCCGCAACUUUUCCAGUUCGAUCGAACGAGGCGAGAUCUCCAACCGUCGCUUGUACACUCUAGCAGCAACACAAUACCUCGGCAGCUUUGUUUCUCGAGGGUUCGGUGUGCGCGGCGAAGGUGAGACACGUGGUCCCGGCGUCGGUGAGCCAGGCACCGAGAAGUGGGGCGUAGGCAAGAACUGGGGCAAGGGUACCGUCAAACGCGGCCUUGACCGGCCUGAACGGAUCGAUGACGACUUGAUGGAUCAGAUCGACAACCUGUUUGACGGCGAAAGCGGUCGUCUAUGGCGAGCUGCAGGCAAAGAAUGGUCCACGGUCCGACGCGAUUGGUCUGCGUUCAAGGAGAGCAUCAUCGAAAGCGAGACCGGUCUUGAGGAAGCGAUCUCGUAUCUUGACAUUAGCAACGUCAAAAACUUGCCGCCCCAGUACCGCAACUCGGUCGAAUUUGUGCGCAUCCAAGCCGCUUAUGUCGCCCAUUCUCUGUUUGUCACUGCGCCGAACGCAGACGACAUCUUCAAGAUGGUGAAGGGCAUCCAUGCACUGGCUCCAUACUGGGGAGCCAAGCAGCUGCUCAAGUAUGCCAACGCUGAGACCAUGAUUUCGGGUAUCCUCUCGCUGCUGCUGGCACGACCCGGUGGUGCCAAAUCCCUGCUCCAGCGUAUCUUUUCGUACGUCAUCGGCAAAGAGGCUUCCUACAUUCAAAAGGAGUUUGUGGUCCCUCUUCGCAAGGAGAUCAACGACCCCGAGCUGAGCAAGAAGGUUGAGGACUACGUACGACGCGGAGACCGAGUCGAGUCUCGCCGGAUCCAGCGCGACGCCAAGAAGCGAGGCGAGGACGUUCUGACCACCAUCUUGCUGUCGGCUCACGGAAAGCUGAGCAGAGAAGCCGAAGACCACGUGCUCGAGCUGCAACGCUGCUUUGCCCUCUCUCCCUAUCGCGGCAAUUUGAAUCUCGCUUAUCCCGAGACGACACCAGCCGGCGCCGAUCAGCCGCCCAUGCCCUCGUGGGGAGCAAAGGGGUCCGAUAAUUCGCGUGCGCGCAAGUUUGCUCUGCUCAAGUUGCUGCUUCGAGAGUGUCUUAAGCGCCGCGACCGAGAGCAGGCGGUGGAGAUUGCCAGCGGAAGUUUGAUCCCUGCCAUCAUCAAGGACUCGCUCGCAACCGUGUUUUACCCUGCCAUCCGUUCCAUUGCCAAAAACGCCAAUCUCAGCGAACGCCUCGGCGAUCUGCAAAAGCUCAUUGACGACAUGCUCGAGGUUCACAAGAGCGGCGAUCGCAGCAUCGAAGGAUGGAUCGCACUGGCAGCUCGUCACGAGCAGUCGCUCUACAUGUUAUUCCACGAAUGUGCGCCCAUUUCCAAACCGCUUUGGGACUGGUGUCAGCUAGGUCUCGACUACAUGGCACUUUCUACCACGGAUCCUGCUCACCCAGCUGACCGCCGUGCUCCUAAUCUCGAAAUUAACUUGGAAGAGCUCCUGCAGGACGCGCGGCUCUCGGGCUCAGAAGUGAAAAAGAUCAUCGCGGAAGCUGACAAGCUGGCGAGGUACUCCAAGUGGACCAAGGUGAGGUACGAGCUGGAAGCGCGCAGAAAUUACUUGCUUGGCAAACCCGAGGCAGGGCAUGUUGGUGGCGUUUCGGAGGUCGACAUCACGGACGACAAUAUGCGACGCGAGUUCCGAAACAUUGACGCUAUGAUGGAGGAUCUGAUGGCGGAUGCCGGCGAGACGCUCGACGACGGCAAGUGCGAAGAUGGCGUGCGCGGUACGGAGAAGUACGAUUUCCCCUGGGCAUUCUUCGAUGAAGUCGACCCACUUAACCAGCACCUGGCCGGCGAAGAGGAGGUUGGCCCAUUGCGCGUGCCUAAGUUUGACGUGGGCUACGCUCCACCGAGCCUGAAGUACAUCCGCCGACUUCAGCCGCUCUUCUGCGAGCUGCUGGCUUCCAAGCUGCCAGAUUGGCAGUCCGCAGACACGCUGGCUCCUCUCAAGUCGGAGGCUCGCGGCGGCAAGGGCGGCAUUAGCUUGAAGCCCAGGAAGAUCAAGAUGGCUCAAUUCCGUGAUCCAGCGGGCGACCGUGAUGGAUCUUCAACCUACCCGUCUGAGAGCAAGAGCGUGCUGAGUAAUUCUUCCUCGCGUUUCAAGGGCCUCAAGGUGCCAAGGUUGUUCGGUCGCAAGUAA